AUGGGCAGUAACAGGAAGUUAGGACCUAGGCCUGAUGGAUGGAUGGGCAGUAACAGGAAGUUAGGACCUAGGCCUGAUGGAUGGGCAGUAACAGGAAGUUAGGACCUAGGCCUGGAUGGAUGGAGGAGUAACAGGAAGUUAGGACCUAGGCCUGAUGGAUGGAUGGGCAGUAACAGGAAGUUAGGACCUAGGCCUGAUGGAUGGAUGGGCAGUAACAGGAAGUUAGGACCUAGGCCUGAUGGAUGGAUGGGCAGUAACAGGAAGUUAGGACCUAGGCCUGAU